AACCCUUAUUUCAUUUCAGUUUCCAUCGUCCCCGACAGUCGCUUUGUGUCUGCGAACUGACGCUGCAGCCUCGCUUGUCCAUCGCCGCCCUUUUCGCCGCCUUAAAUCUCUCAGUCUCCAAACUCACCAAGUUUUCGUAAACUUGUGGCGUGUUCGGCAGCGCGUGAUCGCAGCAUUUGAAAUUCGAGCGGCAGGUCUUGAUGCGCAUACAGCCAGGGAGUUCUUUUAGCGGCGGAGGAAACGGAAGCUGGGAAGACGAUGAUGACUGCGGAAUGAAUUGUGGAGAUAUCAUGCCCUUGCUAGGCUUUGCACCUCUGACAUCGCGUUGAAACUCUGCUCGUCUUUCAUAGUUGCCGUGAUGGAGUAAGGGUGGCUGUCGAAGUGCGGCUCAUGCACUCGAUUGCAUGAUUGAGGAGUAGGUGCGGACGUGUUGGCGAGUUUCUUGAUUGUGUUGAUUUUGUUUUGAGAUUCUGGUUUCUCGUGGAAGGGACGGUGAGGGAAUGGAAGCGGACGAGAUACGCUUGGUGUUGGAAAGGGCGUCUGAGCUUCAUGCCAAGAUUAGUGAGGCCAUUGAGCGAGCGUUGAAGUCCGAGUUUAUGCGAACGACUUGCAGCCGGAUGUUCGAUUCUAGUUUGUCCUCUGUGAGUGACGCGGGUGAGAAGGAUGGCUAUGGGAGGUUUGGUGGAGAUUGUGGCAAGGCCAGUACAGGUGGAGAUCAGAAUGUGGAGGCAAGGGCUUUAGGCUUGAUUCGCGAUGCUUUAGAAACGCUUGAAGACCAGCUUGAAGCUUUACAGUCAACGCAAAGUCACCAGAGAGUCGAAAAGGAUGCCAUACUUGCAGAACUCGAAGAAAAUCGUCACUUACUCCUUCACAGGUUGAAGAACCAUAAAGGGCGAGAAUGGGAAGUUGUACAUGAAGCCUUAGCAUUUGCAGGUGAGCCAAUGGAAGAAAAAGACGAUCUUCUCCUUCCGCCGUACUCCAAGCCAGUUUUGGAUGCAGCCAUUGAAGUGGACGACCAAUCAUCCAAACAUCUCUCUCAACUUAUUUCGCUGCCUCAAGAUCGAGCUGACAAAAUGCUAACGCUCUCUAGGGGAAAUGAAGUAGAUAAGAAAGACGAUGGAUGUAAGGGCGUACCACUAGACAGAAAUGGCAAACAGGACUCUCAAGAACCAGUCUUAAGUUCGGAUCAUAAAGUGGUUGCAGUAAGAGGUAUUGAUUUUGCGGGAGGAUUCAUGAAGGGUCUACGUGGGAGGGUUGGACAUGCACUUGCCCAUGCUGCAAAGGCCGUCUUAGUGGUGGCGAGUGUGGUUGCCUUCCUAGCAUUUACUGAGCAUGACCACAGACAAGUGGAGCAGAAACCACUUCUGGUGCCUCCAACAGUAAAGCCUGUCUUAUUACCCGAAAAUCAUCCAAGGCCACUAUCAUCUCCAAAAUGCUCUUGUGGCAAGAAACUCGCAGUCUUAGAAGAAGGAAAUGCCGAGUGUGCGGUGAUGGAGCGAUUUGAGCUACCAUUUCCCAGGGAAGUCAGGGAUCCCAAUGUUCUGUAUGGUCGGGGAUGAAUGGAAACUCUUCGAGAACAAUUCUGAAAUCAGGUUGUGGAACCAGGCAGCUUCGAAAAUUGAGCAAUUCAAAUAGCACAUAUCUUAAUCCGACACUUUUCCAAGUCGAUGAGAACCCUGCACACGGUGCGGGUAAAUGUUAUCGCAAUUGUGCGUCUCAAGAUGUGUGUAUUUAUAUCCACCAGCUACAAUUUGAUUUGAUACUUCAAACAUGUCUACUAAUACUCUUUGAAGCUGAUUCUGAGCAGCACGUCAAUUGGGCCCAUCUUAGCAGUGACUGAUAUCAUGGGCAGCAGGGACCAACGAUAAUAGCAUCAUAUAAUAACUACACUGACUGUCAGGUAAUUGGUGAAGUUAUAUGGCAUCAAAUAUAGUACAUCGUAUUCGAAGUCUCGCGACUAAACGCUAGCUGGUGACGUAAAAUAAGAAUUGCUUCAAUACUAGAAACUGUGCCAUGUGCCAGAACCCAGGAACCCAGGAAUUGCUUGCAUGCAAAGCAUUGUGCUCCAAAAAGGAAGUUUGAGAUUGUUCAUAGUUAAGCGAGAGUUUCCUUUCGAAAAGUUUUACUUGUUGCAAGGAAUAUUCUGAAAGACCUGGAAUAUUGAGCUCUUGCGAAACCUCUUUGAUGUUUAACUCUCGACUGUCUUUGUUGAAUUUCCUGACUAAGAUACUGAUCGUUUUGGAUGCA